AUGACCAGCACCAGCGCCGACUUUGAGCUGUCCGAGCUGCAGAAGUACUACCACCUGCCGCUGCGGGAGGCCGCGCGCCGCCUCGGAAGCUGCGAGGCCGUGGUCAAGCGUGUAUGCCGCCGGAAGCAGAUCCAGCGGUGGCCCUACCGCCAGGUGUCGUCCAAGCUCAUCAAGAUCCAGCACCUGUGCAAGUACAUGGCGCACGUGUCGGACGCCGAGCAGAAGGCCCGCAUCCAGCAGAAGAUCAAGCAGCUCACGCAGGAGUACCUGGAGCUCGUGGGCGGCCAGGUCCCGUCCGAGCUGCAGCUCACGCCGACGGACGUGCCGACGCUUCCGCCGCCGAGCUACAAGCCCGACGGCCCGAUGGACCCGGCCGUGCUGGCCGCUGCAUCCGACGACGACGCCGGCCAGGACGAGGACGAAGAGAUGGACGACAGCUCCGAGUCGUCCGGCGAGCAGCGACUGUCGGCGUACUCGCUGCGCUUCAUCCUGAGCGACUGCACCGUGCUCGAGACCGACACUGGACUCCAGUACAGCACCACCGCAUAG